CAACCUACGCCUGCUCUCAAGUAAAGGGAAAAAACCCGAGCUUUUCCUAAAUUCCCGACAAACUAUUCUUGCGUUUGGUUGCCGAGAAAAAUAAGUGGAAGGAGAGCUAGAGGCCAAGGGGACACGAACACGAUGCAGAAAACAGUACAAGCGUGGUUUACGCAGAGCAGUAGUGGAGGUGGCAGUGGAGAUCCACAAAAUCAAGGGUCUUCUCUGCUGGCAGAUUGGAAUUCGUAUGCGGCAACCAGAAAAGAGGAGGGAGGGGGACCUGGAGCCCUCAGCUUCGAUAUUGAGUCUGCUGUCAGGUCCGCCAAUGAAUCCGUCACUGGCACCUUCAGCGUUGUAUCACAAGGAGUGAGAGAGCUACCAGGAAACUUCCAGUCUGCCACCAGUAGUUUACCCUCCGGGAAAGCUCUAAUGUAUUUUGGAUUAUUUCUGGCAACUGGAGUAUUCUUCAUUUUCAUCGCCUUUACCAUGUUCCUUCCAGUUAUGGUGUUAUUGCCCCAGAAAUUCGCUAUCUGCUUUACACUCGGAUGUGGCUUUAUCAUUGGGUCAUUCUUUGCACUUAGAGGUCCCAAGAAUCAACUUCAACACAUGACAUCUGAGGAGAGACUACCUUUUACGGUGGUGUUUAUGGUAACUAUGGCGGGUACCAUAUAUGUCUCCAUGGUGCUUCAUAGCUACAUUCUUUCUGUACUCUUCUCCGUAUUGCAGGUUAUUGGGCUUGCAUACUAUGCUAUUUCCUACUUCCCUGGUGGUUCAGCUGGGAUGAAGUUCCUCACAUCAGCCCUAACCUCUUCAAUUAUGAGACGUUUUGGGAGGUGACUCUGACUUAUAUGCCUUUUUAAGCCAUUCCCUUGUAUAUUUUCUCGUUUUGUCCCUCUAUGGUGGAUCGUAAACUUGGAGUGAUAAAAGAUUGAGUGCUGAACACAGCUAUGAAUUUUUAACUUUUUUUUGAUCUCCAGUCCUAGGAGACCCAGUACCAACAUGAAAAAAAAAAAAAAAAAAACUUUGAUGUUUAUUUCAUCGUCUUCAACACAAUAACCUCUGUCUUUCAACAUC